AUGUCACUGUCUCGGCAGCCCAAAAACUUCCCUCCUGGACCCUUCGCUCUUGCAUUUUUAGGGAACGCAGUCAAUUUAAGUCUUGACAACCCUCUGAAGCACUUUGAAUCAGAGAAGCGUCGUGCUGAGAGGGCUGAGCAGCAGAGAAUCCGUGCUGAGAAGGAGAAGGAGCAGUUUGCCCUGAUGAAGGCCGAAGGGACGAAAACUGUGCCUGUUUCACCACCAGAGAGUCUCUCAGCUCUCCCCUCACCCAAACCUCCCCCUACUCCACCUCCUCAGUCCUUACCUGGUCCCUCACCCAAACCUCCCCUAUUCCACCUCCUCGGCCACCUCCUCGGCCCUCACCUGGUCCCUCACCUGGUCACUCACCCAAACUCUCCCAUGCUCGCCCUCCCCCGCCUUUCCCCAGAGCUGUUAUCACCAAGAGCUAGGACGCACAGGGCCUCUGCUGUCCCAGGACAUACAGUCAUGAUAAAGGUAAUAUCAGGCUGGGGCCCUGCGAUGGAGCUGUAUCUCCAGUUACAACACGUAGACGGAUUAAAAGAAGGACAGUUAGACUGUCUAAUCAGAGACAUUUAGUUCACAUUCCCUGUAAGAAGAUAACAUCCAGUCCUACUGAAACUAAUCAGAAACUUGCUGUGCUCAAUGUCAGAUCUUUAUGUAACAAAUCAUUUCUAAUUCAUGAUUUUAUUUCUUCUUUUAAUCUUGACUUUAUGUUUUUAACUGAAACAUGGCUUGACAAAAACACAGGUCGUGCAGUGCUAGUGGAAUCAACCCCU